AUGGAAUUUACGACUGCUGCUUCCGGGAACAUGGCCGGCUAAACAAUGACAAAAGUCUCUCUCCUCAAAAUCAAGAAUAAACUUUUCGAAAUGCGAACUACUUGGCUUAACAAAAGUGUUUGGAUUCAGUGCGUGCAAUUAGGUAGUUUAAUUGGUUUACUUCUGCAUGCGUGUUGUUUAAGGUGAUGUUUGAGUCGGACUAACUUGGCUAUCUUGCCAGCGAAGGUAGCCAACUUUUCACAUUCAGCAGAAUUAGCCUAACGUUAGCUAGCAAAUGCGAAGUGGCUUACAUGUCAACAUAGCUAGGAACAUAAGUAUUGCUAUUGGUUGCUACACUUGAAGCCCGCAACUGAUUUAUUAAGUUCCACGAUCGACACGUUGCAGUGCUGGCUUGUGUAACGUAGAUGCGUUUGUAAUUUUUAUCGGGGUGUCUCGCUGGUUGAUUGCUAUGCUUUCGCAGCUGCGUACAGCUGUCUAGCUAGCUUGAUUGACAUUAAUUUCAAUGGCCCACUGUAGUUCAGAUCCAUGUGGGAAGGUACCCCGUCCAGAUAGCUUAGUGUUGAUGGCAGGAUCUCCUGGAAGCGUUGAUCAGGCUAUGAAGCCGGUGUUGUUUGAAAUAUUCGGAGAGUUUUGGAACGUCCAGACCCGGCUAGGGCAAGGCGUCUCGGCCUCAGUAUACCGUGUGAGCUCGGGGAGGGCGAGUACGGCCGCAGUUAAGGAGUUCCAGGCUGACACUCAGAGUGGAGAUUACGGGUAUCAAAAGGAGAAGUCCGUGCUGGAAGACAUACAAGGACACAAAAACAUCGUAACGCUGUACGGGGUGUUCACCAACCGCAGCCAGGUGGGUGUGGCCACGCACUGCCUGCUGCUUGAGCUGCUGGACGUCAGUGUGUCUGAGCUGCUUGUGAGGGCCAGUACCCAAAGCCGAGCCUGCAGCCCCCAGUGUGGUGGUUCCCAGAAGCAAGGCCACUCCAUGUGGCUGGUGCAGCACUGUGCCAGGGACGUCCUGGAGGCCCUUGCCUUCCUCCAUAGAGAGGGCUAUGUUCAUGCCGACCUCAAGCCCCGCAAUGUGCUCUGGAGCGCGGACGAUGAGUGCUUCAAACUCAUCGACUUUGGCCUCAGCUUCAAAGAGGGCAACCAGGAUGUGAAAUACAUCCAGACAGAUGGGUACCGUGCCCCGGAGGCUGAGCAUCAAUACUCCCUGGCCCAGGCGGGGAUGGAGAUGGAUGGUGACUCUGGGUGCUCGGCUGCUGUGGACCUCUGGAGCUUGGCAAUCGUCCUGUUGGAGAUGUACUCAGGCAUCAAACUCAAAGACACCGUCAGGACACCCGAGUGGAAGGACAACAGUGCAGCAAUAGUCGACCAGAUCUUUGCCAGUAACAGUGUGGUGGUUCCCGCCAUCCCUGUCUAUCACCUCAGAGACCUUAUCAAAAGUAUGCUUCACAACAACCCCAAGCACAGAGGCACAGCUGAGAAGGCCCUGCUUAGCCCCUUCUUCAGCAUUCCUUUUGCUCCUCACAUAGAAGACUUGGUUCUGCUUCCCUCUCCUGUUCUGCGCCUGCUCAACCUGAUUGAUGACGGCCACCUGCACAAUGAGGAGGAGUAUGAAGACAUCUUGGAGGACAUGACAGAGGAGUGUCAGAAGUAUGGCUCUGUGGUCUCUUUGCUCAUCCCCAAGGAGAACCCAGGCAAAGGACAGGUGUUUGUAGAAUACGCUAACGCAGGCGACUCCAAAGAGGCCCAGAGACUGCUGACGGGGCGGACCUUUGACGGGAAGUUUGUCGUUGCCACGUUCUACCCCCGGAGUGCUUACAAGAGAGGCUAUCUGUACCAGACCGUGCAGUGAACACACACACACACACACACACACACACACACACACACACACACACACACACACACACACACACUGUCUGCUGAAGAGCACAGGCCUAGGCCUCAGUCAGUCACUGUCAUGUGUAUAGUCAUAUCAGAUCACCACUCUGCUUUCUGCAGCCUCUAGAGCUAGAGUUAACCUAGUGUGUCCUGUAGCUUUACUGUAUGUAGCAACAGUCUGUGAAAAGAAAGAUUUGUAUAAUCCAAUCUUCCAUGUCCUGCUAUGGGGAUGUAUACUGCUGGAUGCUACGGUUGACAGAUCCAGAUGGGUCAUAUAUUUAUCAUAGCUGGCUUGACUUUUGAUAAAUGGAUCCUCACUGGCCAAAACUGCACACUGUCCCACUUUGCACACUGUGCUCAUGUCAAACCCUGAACAAGAUAAUUACUUGAUGUCCACCAAUCUUGAAGAGCACAAGUACAGUACCAAGUACCCUAUGGGUUUCGUAAACCCAGCAAGCAGUUUGGAUUGAAUAGGGCCCUAGUUUUGUCUGUUCGCAACGGCUUGAAUAUCCUAUAUUUAUUAGUGUAAAUUAAACCGUUCCUUAUUGAUUGAUCUUGGGUCUCUUGUUAAAAGCUGAGCCACAAUUUCAUCUUGUCCAAAGUUAACUUCCCAUGACCUAUUUUUCUAUGAGAUGUUUUUGAGACUUGAAUUCCAAAGGUACCACUCCAGAUCAUCAGUAGAAUCACGCUGAGUUCUAGAACGUUCUGAGCCUAAACUCCAACCACUCAACGUCAGCACUUUUCUGUGGUACAUGGAAAAAUAUACAUUUCUUUGUUAUUUCUGACAUUUUUUUAUCUGGUUUCUACCUUCUAUACUAUUAUUACAUUUUGUCCAAGUUGACCCAUAUACUACUUAUACUCCAGAAUGGCUGCGCUGAUGUGAGUGGAAGUUAACAGUUUUUUUCCCGAUAUGUUAUGAAAGGAAUGGGUUAUUUCCUUAGCACUGUACGAUACAAAGCAACAAGCUUACUUUACGUUCAGAACCCAUGGAUAGGUUAUCCACAGUUGAAUAUUUCAGUUGAAGAGCAUUCGAGCUGACCGUUUCGUAAAACGGUAGCCGACUGUCAGUUCUACCUGACGUCUGUGAGUUGGUCUACAUGACAAACCAAUGUGUGAGAGCUGUGCUAGUGUAGUUAUUUGUUGAUUAUGGUGAGAUUAUAGAUCAAUCUAAUACUGCAGAGUUUUGUAUCCUAUGUUGUGUGUGUGGGAGAUGUUGAAAUUAACUUAUCAUUUCAUUGCAUGCAACAUUGUUAUGUUAGGGGCAGUAUUUAUUCAGACAGUCUUCCCCUUGUCUGUCUGCUGCUCAUAUUCAGUCCAAUAACAUUGUGAAUCUUAAGUGUAAAUCAUAGUCCACAAACGCUGAGACUCGAUAGUCCGGCAUCCCAUUGUGACAUGGCGAUGCAGCUCUGAAACACCGUCUGUGGGGACACACAGUCCGAGCGCUCACCACCCCACAAUUCCCAGCCAACACGGCUAUUCAUUUGAAUGUAUUGGCGAAAAUGCUUGUGCUGCCCUGAGAAUUCUAAAAGUAUGAAAGCCAAGGGUCCAAUAUUCUAGAACACUGUAGUGCAUACACGUAUAUACCCAUACAUUUUGAACUAUGAUGGACGCUUCAGGUUGGGCACAGAUGCUUCUGAAUGAGUUGGCUGGCAUUGAACAGGCUAAAGCGCCGUCCUGCCUGCCCAGCCUCUCCAGAUGUUUGAGAAAGAGACCAUUAAUUAACAUGAGCAGAAACAAUAUUCUGGAUAUUCUGCAAUUUACUCCAUUUGUAACUAACACUUCCAGUCAACUGGCGCCAUGUGACAACUGUCGAGGCUGAUUGAGACAUUGUUGACAACAUCCUGCCUAAAUAUGAAAGCACUGACUAGGACUUAUGGGUGACCGGUCAUAAUAUCGAUAUGUGAGGUUAUCCCAUACCAAAUGUAGUCCACUGCCUUAGCUGCCUUCUCUGUGUUAUCUAGUCUAACACUGUAUUGUUGCCAUUUAGUUUCAGCAGUUAUUCAAAGUAGAUCCCAAUGAAAGCCUUCAUAGAUUCCUUCCGGACCCCACAACCAUGGCGCAUGAUGAUGACAUUUCUUUAUGCAAACAUUUUCAGGGAGCUUCUUUGUUUUUCGUUUACACUUUGGGUCAGUUAUCCUAAUACAGUGUCUGUUUCUUUACUUCUAUGUCUUCUGAUAUACUAAUAUGAAAACAUUGUAUGUAUCUGAUAAAGCUUUUAGAUUGCUGUAAUGGAUUUGUGGGCGAGGUGGUAUCUGGUGUUAGCCCAUAGCUAGCAAGAUUUUCACAAACUUCUAUAUGAUAUUUGUUAGCAGCGAGUGUAAUAAGAGUUUUAGCAUGCAGGUGGCAGAGCAGGAUUCCUCUGGACAGUGACUAUGCAGUCAAUACUGAUCAGGGAAAACCAGUACAACUACAUAGGUACAGACACUACAUGAGAAGGAGAGCGACAGUAACAGAGAGAGAGGGAGCUGUGCUGUAAGUUCGAGUACAUACAGUUGAAGUCGGAAGUUUACAUACACCUUAGCCAAAUACAUUUAAACUCCGUUUUUCAACAUUUCUGACAUUUAAUCCUAGUAGAAAAUGUCCUGUCUUAGGUCUGUUAGGAUCACCACUUGAUUUUAAGAAUGUGAAAUGUCAGAAUAAUAGUUGAGAGAAUUAAUUAUUUCAGUUUAUUUCUUUCAUCACAUUCCAAGUGGGUCAGAAGUUUACAUACACAAUUAGUAUUUGGUAGCACUGCCUUUACAUUGUUUCACUAGGGUCAAACGUUUCAGGUAGCCUUCCACAACCUUCCUACUAUAAGAUGGGUGCAUUUUGUCCCAUUCCUCCUGACAGAGCUGGUGUAACGGAGUCCGGUUUGUAGGGCUCCUUGCUCGCACAUGCUUUUUCAGUUCUUCCCGCAUUUUCUAUAGGAUUGAGGUCAGGGCUUUGUGAUGGCCACUCCAAUACCUUGACUUUGUUGUCCUUAAGCCAUUUUGCCACAACUUUGGAAGUAUGCUUGGGGGUCAUUGUCCAUUUGGAAGACCCAUUUGCGACCAAGCUUUAACUUCCUGACUGAUGUCUUGAGAUGUUGCUUCAAUAUAUCAACAUCAUUUUCCACCCUCAUGAUGCCAUCUAUUUUGUGACAUGCACCAUUCUCUCUUGCAGCAAAGCACCCCUACAACAUGAUGCUGCCACCCCAGUGCUUCACGGUUGGGAUGGUGUUCUUUGGCUUGCAAGCCUCCCCCUUUUCCCUUCAAACAUAACGAUGGUCAUCAUGGCCAAACAGUUGUAUUUCUUUUUCUUCAGACCAGAGGACAUUUCUCCAAAAAGUACGAUAUUUGUCCCCAUGUGCAGUUGCAAACCGUAGUCUGGCUUUUUUAUGGUGGUUUUGGAGCAGUGGCUUCUUCCUUGCUGAGCGACCUUUCAGGUUAUGUCGAUAUAGGACUCGUUUUACUAUGGGUAUAGAUACUUUGUACCUGUUUCCUCCAGCAUCUUCACAGGGUCCUUUGCUGUUAUUCUGGGAUUGAUUUGCACUUUUCACACAAGUACGUUCAUCUCUAGGAGACCGGACGUGUCUCCUUCCUGAGCAGUAUGACUGCUGCGUGGUCCCAUGGUGUUUAUACUUGUGUACUAUUGUUUUGUACAGAUGAACAUGGUACCUUCAAGCGCUUGGAAAUUUCUCCCAAAGAGGAUCCAGAUUUGUGGAGGUCUACAACUCUUUUUCUGAGGUCUUGGCUGAUUUUUUUUCUUUUGAUUUUCCCAUGAUGUUAAGCAAAGAGGCACAGAGUUUGAAGGUAGGCCUUGAAAUAUAUCCACAGGUACACUUCCAAUGUACUCGAAUUAUGUCAAUUAGCUUAUCAGAAGCUUCUAAAGCCAUGACAUAAUUUUCUGGAAUUUUCCAAGCUGCUAAAGGCACAGUCAACUUAGUAUAUGUAAACUUCUAAUCUACUGGAAUUGUGAUGCAGUGAAUUAUAAAUGAAAUAAUCGGUCUGUUAACAAUUGAAAUUUUGUUGAAAAAUGAGUUUUUUCUUUUCAAUUGUUUAAGCACAAUUUUGAAAACAGGGCCCGGUUUGUCAAAUCACUAAACACAAUUAGCACAUCCCUACCCCAAAGUAACACUUCAGAUCAUUUGCAAAAUGGAACACUUUUGUCAAAAUUAUACACAACUUCAUAAAAAUAAUAUUUUGUUACCAUGCUAAACACACAUUUCAUAUGACUUCAGUCUUUUUUGAUCCAGUGACACUGCUGUUGCUAACCUAAAACACUGCUGUUGCUAACCUAAAACACUUUCAGCAAGUCUAAGUGUCAGUGAUUAGAGUGCUGUAAAUGAAGUACACAGAGAAAGUGCAGCUAUACAAACACUACAGACUGAGGAAAAUAUAAUGUAUUUCUCUCCAUAUACCCAAAUCAGUAAACAUGGAGAAUCACAACAAAACAUGUCCCAGUUUUCAUGCUACUACAACAGUAAACAACAGACAAAUGUAAAAUACUGUAUCCAGUACAAGUUACAAUUACAGUAAAUAACAACCAACAUUAAAAAAAAUCUAAAAACUGACAAUAUUGUACAGAAAAUACUACAGUAAACAUACUAUACAUUAUCUCUUCUCCUAGCUGGAUCUGGCCAGAGAAUUUCAUCAACAUCACAAGCAAUAUCGUCAUUAGCAAGACAACGCGGGAAGAACCGUCUUGAAUGUCGAAUCCAUCCUUGCACUGCUGCGGCGUAGACUUGGUCACAGGCGUCCUCCAUGGCCUGAAUGAGGGGUACCUGAGCCUGGGAUCGUAAACCUUCCACCGCCAUGCAGAGAAACUCUUCGAUAGGGUUUAGAAACGGAGAGUAUGGUAGAAGGUAUAGUACUGUCAACUGGAUGGUAUUGAAACCAGUUCUGGACCAAAGCAGAGCGGUGGAAUGACACAUUGUCCCAGAUGACCGUGCAUCUGGUGCAUUUCAUUACCUGCUGUGCCGAUGUGGUGCAAUCGGUCCAAAAAUGCGAGAAUGUGAGGUGUGUUGUGAGGGACCGUUUUGGCAUAACGGUGGACAACCCCAUGCUGUGAAAUGGCAGCGCAAAGGGUGAUGUUACCCCCACGUUGCCCUGGGACAUUGAUUAUAUCCUUGUGGCCAAUGAUAUUUCUGCCUCUCCUUGCUUUUGUGAGGUUGAACUCUGCCUCAUCAAUAUAUAUGAAUUCAUGCAGGAUUUCCUCUGCGUCCAUCUGCAAAACUCCCUGAAAUACAGUGACAGACAAGAUUGUGUAGUUCAGGAUAGGUCUAGUUUUCAGUCGAUGUAAAAAAAAGUCAUGUGUGCAGUAUGCAACAUCACAGUGCUAAAGUGAACAAUACAAACCUCCACAUACUCAUGCCGCAGCCAUUUGACCCUCUCUGAAUUCCGCUCAAAAGGCACUCGAUAAAGUUGUUUCAUUUGAGCCUGAUGUCUUUUCAGGAUGUGUGCCAGUGUUGACUGAGAGACCUGAUGGACAUUAUUGAAAAUGGCAUGGUCACCGAUAAUGUUGGCUUGUAAUUCUCUGAGCCAGAUGGCAUUAUUGGCCAAAACCAUGUUUAUUAUCUCUUGUUCAUGCGUGAAUAUGGGCCCCCUUAUGACAGAUGCCACUGUAUAUCUGCUAAGAUUUGUCUGAACUCUCAGUCCAGCCUCCCUCAGCGUCAAGCCGUGGUUCACAACAUGGUCCACUAGUGUUGCACGAAUGUCAUUUGAUAAGUUUCUUCUACUUUGUGCAUGUUCUCCUGCUUCAGGUCUUCCUCGAUCUCUGGCUCGGCCUCUGCCUCUUCCUCUACUUCCUCCUCCUCCUCUCACCCUCACUCUUCUUCUGACUCCUUCCAUUUUGGUUGAAGACAGGUGAAUCUACCUGCUGCAUUUUUAUAGUGCUUAAACCUGAUUGGUGCGUCUACAAUUCAGCAAUCAUGUGUUUGCACCUGAUGGCUGUGUUUAACAGAUUGGCUCAUAGGUGUGGUAAUUUGACAGGCAGUGCUUUGGAAUUGCAAGGGAGUGACAUGAUAUACUUCUGUGUCUGAUGUAUACAAGGGUGUUUAGUGUUUUGCAAAUAGUGUGAAGCUGACAAUGUGCUUACAGUUGUGCAAAUCUAACCUUGUGUUUUGUAAGGUUUUUCGAAUUGUGGGAAAAGUUCAAUUUAGUGUGUAAGCAAUCGUAAAAAACAAAUGACUCCAACCUAAGUGUAUGUAAACUUCUGACUUCAACUGUACCAUGCUGCUUUGUGCUCGAGACUUUCUUUAGGCCACAGACUAUUCUCAUCUCUAGUUAAUGUUUCAUAUCCCGGGGCUGUGUCGGUAAGACUAAAAAGCUUCCUAGCUAAGUAGUACUGUACGCUCUUGAAUAAAAUAUCCCAGUUUACGGCCUAACUCCAUAUUGAGAGAUGGCAGAAUUAUUGUCUAACUUUCUUUUGGAAAGUUUUUUUUUGUUACUCUGAAGUUUUAGAAUUCACACUGAGCAUCCACCCAACCCAAAUCUAUUCAGUAAUGGAUGGAAGAAGUGACUGUUUGCAGACACCCGGGGCAAUCCGUGCUCAUCUGUCAGCCCUAUCUAUCACUGUUCUAUCCUGCUCCAGUUCUGACCUCUAACCCCCUGACCUGAUAGGCCAGUCCAGCAGAGGACCAGAGACUUGUUAAUAUGCAUAAAGCCCCUCUCCUUGGGAUUCUCAGAUUCUGCCUAAUGGAUAGAAUGGCCUGGUCCUCAUCCAUAUACACACAGGCAGUCUUAUAAAUACACUUGGCUUUGAUGGGUCAAGGGGAGGCCGGGAGUGGGCUAGGGGUUAUUAGGCAAAUGAGGGGGGAGGGAGGUCACUGGGUUAAUCUGUAUCAGUGGGGGGAGGUGAUGGCGUCCAAGCUGACACAACACUCAAUCUCUCUUGUUCUCACUCAUUAGAAGUUAUUGUUGACCCAAGUUACUGCAGUAACACACAGGUAGGUAUAAAGGUUAGUGUGUUCUUUAUAUUCAUUUCAUUCAUUUCUAGUGGUUUGAAUGAGGGGAGGCUUCCUGCAUCCUCCCAGCUGGUUGUUGAUUAGCAUUGUUUCAUUCAGGUUUAUUAGCGAGAAGUGCACUUACGCUUAUACAGGAACUCUGAACUCCACUGAAUUGAGCCAAACCAUGAUUUACAGCACUGAUUUAAAUGAAAGCGACAUCUCAGUUCGAGCAAUAUAAUUUAGGACGUAGUCUCCAAAGACUACAGCACUGAUACCAAUGUGUUAUCAAUCAUGUCCCUUCCCCACUGAAAGACAAUCAUGAUGAUUAUCACUGUUGCCUUUCUUUAUUUUGUCUUUUUAGCAUCCUUUUGUCUACUUUGGGUUUCGUGAAAGCCUACUCCAUUGAGCGGCUGGCAGCCCCCCUGUUACAAAGAACAACCGUGUCUCCAACACAACUUGAUCUGACUUAAAUGUAAUGUGAAUAUUUCGCUCUGAGAAUCCCUCCACUCACACUAACUGAUCUGUGAAAUCUGCAUUAUUAAAGGCACAUAUUAUGAGUAUGAAACGUGUGUGUGAGACCAUGUAUUGCCUCACAGAACUCUGUUCUGAGAUUGAUUAUACAUGUUCUUAUUGUCGUUUGCAUUAUCUCACAAUAAAGAACGCUUGACUUGA